AUGGCCCCCUCCAACCUGCCCUCCAUCUUCAACGCCACCAGCCAGGACAUUGAGAUGCUCCUGGCUGCCCAGUGCCACCUGGGUAGCAAGAACCUCCAGGUUCACAUGGAGAACUACCUCUGGAAGACCCGUGCCGACGGUGUCAACGUCCUCAACGUCGGCAAGACCUGGGAGAAGAUUGUCCUGGCCGCCCGCAUCAUCGCCGCCAUCGACAACCCCGCCGAUGUCUGUGUCAUCUCUGCCCGUCCCUACGGUCAGCGUGCCGUCCUCAAGUUCGCCUCCCACACUGGUGCCACUGCCAUCGCCGGUCGCUUCACCCCCGGUUCCUUCACCAACUACAUCACCCGCUCCUUCAAGGAGCCCCGUCUGAUCGUCGUCACCGACCCUCGCACCGACGCCCAGGCCAUCAAGGAGGCUUCCUACGUCAACAUCCCCGUCAUCGCCCUCGCCGACACUGACUCCCCCACCGAGUACGUCGACGUCGCCAUCCCCACCAACAACAAGGGUCGCCACGCCAUCGGCUGCAUCUGGUGGAUGCUUGCCCGUGAGGUCCUCCGCCUCCGCGGCACCAUCUACAGCCGCGAGACCCCCUGGGACGUCAUGGUCGAUCUCUACUUCUACCGCGACCCCGAGGCCGAGGCCGAGGAGAAGGUCGAGGAGGAGAAGGCCCCCGGCGUCGAGGAGGAGGGCCCCGCUGCCAUCGAGUCCGGCUUCGCUGCUACUGGUGGUGACUGGGAGGCUCCCGCCGCUGGCUUCGCUGGUGCCACCGGUACCGGCUGGGACGGCGCUGCCGGUGACGAGUGGGGUGCCGCUCCCGCUACCACCGAGUGGGCCGCUUCUGCCGCUCCCGCCACCGGCGAGGCUGCCAAGGAGACCACGUGGUAG